GGCGGUACGGCGGCAGCAGCAGCCCACAGCGCGCAGCAAGCAUGUUCAGUGGAGAGUCAAUGGAAGGAGCCCCCAGAUGACGGACGCAGACGUCUGGGAAUGACAGCCGCUGUCACGGGGAGUGAUAGCUUUCGCUCUCUGCCGCAGCACCUUGACUAGCCUUGACUAGCCCCGGAGAGACGCGCUCUAUCAGUCGCACGCCAAAGAAGUGACACGGAGCCAGUCAGAACUAUGCCAGAGAUGGAGAAAGGGAGACCGCCUGAAAAUAAACGCAGUAGGAAACCCGCGCACCCGGUCAAGAGAGAGAUCAACCAAGAGAUGAAGACGUUUGCAGAGAGCACCAUGAAUGAGCUCCUAGGAUGGUACGGCUAUGACAAGGUGGAGCUCAGGGACUCUGAGGCCACCGAGAUACGGAACUACCCCAACCGAGAGAGACGCCAGCAGUACGUCUCAGUCCUUAAAGAAAACUCGGUGCCCAAAUCCAAGAGCUUAGACAGCAAAGUCAGCCCCUCGGCACUGGCCAUGAGGAGUGGAGAGAGCGAAUCGUCCAGUGUCCCCUCUUCUUCCUCCCCCAGCUCCUCCUCUCUGACCAGCCCUAUGGAGCACAAGAGUGCCCCCGUAAUUGUCCCACUUAUAAAGCCAUCGGCAGUGGAAGACGUGCAGAAUGUGCAGAUAGUGUGUGUGUGGUGUCAGAAGGAGGGGGUGAAGCGCUACUCCCUCUGUAUGGGCACUGAGCUGAAGAGCUUCUGUAGUGAGAAGUGCUUCGCUGCCUGCCGACGGGCCUACUUCAAACGCAACAAGGCCCGGGAUGAGGACCUCCAUGGCGGGGAGAGGUCCCCCCAACACACCCAUGCCGACGACUCACCCCAACUGGUGCUGAAGAUGAACAGUGGUGGUGCCAGAUCUCUCUCGCCUGUACCACAGGCGUGCAACUGGUGCAAGCACGUCCGCCACACUAAAGAGUACCUGGACUUUGGCGCCGGUGAGGAGCGGCUCCAGUUUUGCAGCACCAAGUGUCUGAACCAGUACAAGAUGGACGUGUUCUACAGAGAGGCCAGGGCCACUCUCACCAGCUCCAGCCCAGGAAGACCCACCCAGGAGGGGAGACCUGAGUCCACCGGAGGGGUCCAGAACCAGAAGCUCCUGACCCCUGAAUCGUGGAGCAGCGGUGCUGGGGAAAUGAGAUGGAGGACCAGGUCUCCCAAAGGGCAGACGCCGAUCAAUGGUACGGCGGCGCCAAGGACUGUGUCUCCUUCCGAGGAGUCAUCCUCAUCAUUGAAGGUUAACGUUUUGGGACUGAGGCAUCUGGAGAGGCACAUCCUGCCGCCACCCCCGCCACCCCCGCCCCCCCUGGAGGUAGCGAGACACCAUCCCGCCACCCCCCCUCCUCGCCACCCCAUGGAGCACCACCAGCACCACCAGGCCAUGCCUCAGAUCCUGCUGCCCUUCAUCCGGCCCCCUCUCCAUGCCCAGGGCCUGAAGAGCCCCCUGGCCAACCCCCCCAGGGGCCACCCCGGCCCCCCUUCCAGCCCCAUCCACCAACCUCCCCCUCACUCCCCCCAUCACCCCCACCAACCCCACCUCCAGCCCCCCUCGGCCUCCUCCAUGAACCCACCCGGAAUACACCCCUACCCGGGGGCCUACUUCCCCGGCUUGCACUCCCCCCAUAUCAACAUGAUGGGGCACCGUGGACCCAUGCCCAUGCCCCCAAUGAUAAACUUCGGGGGAUGGCCAUCCUUAGGCCCUUUCUUCUCCCAGCCCACGGUCCUGGUGCCCUACCCCAUCAUUGUACCAAUCCCAGUCCCCAUCCCCAUCCCUAUCCCCAUACCCAUACCCCCUAAAUCUGACCCUCCAGAAGCCCUAGGGGUCCCCCACAGUGGGGUCAUCCAGCCCGUGCCAGAGGGGAUAGAGAGGGGGCGCUCCAGGGGUGUCAAUUUGCCUUCUCCCGGGAGCUUGGUGGCCAACAGAUUGGGUCGAACCACCAAUCAGGGUCUCCCCUUGCCCUCAGACCACCCCAGAAGGGACAUCACAGAUUGGGUGAAGUCGGAGAGGCAGGCUCAGUCGCCCAUGUCGACCCCCCAUAGUGCAGCGUCCUCCCCCAGGGCUCGCUACGAUGCAUCCCCAUCUUCCACCUCAGUGAUUGAGGGGCUGUCAGACUUUAAGCUGUGCCAGCAGCAGCAGCCAGAGAGACAGGUCAUCCAAAGAGUGCUCCAGAGGAACCCGAUCAAGCUGGAGCCCAACCCCCAUGGAGUGGUGGACCUGUCGGAUCCAGGGGAGCCCGGAGUGGGGCAUGUCACAAGGCUGGUGGAUACCAGAGUGGACGACCACCACAACCACCACCAUGACAUUAUCAAACCCACCCCUCCACUAACCCAGUCCCCCCCUCUUCUGCACGACACCGCCUACCCCCAGAGCCCUAACAUACGACCCCCCUCACACACCCAACCAACUCACAGAGGGGAAUGCAGCAGCCCUCCCUGCGAUACCGCCAACCCCUCCCCCAUGAAGCCCCCGGACGUCCCCAACCGAACGACGUCGUCAUCAUCCCCUGACCCUCCUCCCAGCCCAGACUCCUCCCAGUCUCAGAGAGAGGCCCCGCCCCUUGACUCUGACUCCGCCCUCAGUGAGCUGGAGACAGUUAAAGAGAACAGCUGCUCCAAUGGCCAGGUCCAGGGGCGGGACCAGGGCCAGGUUCCUACCCUCCCCACCAGCCAAUCAGAGGAGCCCUCGGCCGGUGGCGACUCCGAGGAUCCCCACGUCCCUGAUGAGGACCAUGCCUACGCCCUGCCCACACCCACCCUUACACCCACCAGGACGGGCGGUGCCCAUACCACCACCCCCACCACACUCCUCCUGCCCAAGCUCAGGGACAAGGGUGCUCUGCUAUGCCCACCGAGUGUGGCUGGAACUGGGGACAUGGAGCCUGCUCUGAAGAGACGGUGCCUCCGCAUCCGAGAUCAGAUCAAGUAGGGAAGGGAGGCUCACUAGACAGCGGUGCCAGAUCCAGUGCCCCGCCCUCUUGUGGACAUCACCAGCACCAACGCCCUCCCUCCAACCCAUUACUCAGCCAGUCAGCCACCAGGGAGAUCAGCCCCACCCUUCUUCUGACCACGAGGUGCCAAUCAAGGAAGCAGUCCAAUGGGGGAAGCAGUCCAAUGGGGGAAGCAGUCCAAUGGGGGAAGCAGUCCAAGAGGUCAAUGUGGACUUCCAGUACAUUCACAGCACAAGAGUGUGUGUAUGUUUGUGUGUCUGUGUGUGUGUGUUGUAUGUACCUUUGUGUGGUAUUUCUGGACCUUCCCAAAGGACAGACAACUCCAUCUCUGAUCUCUCCCAUAGUCCAUGAGCCUAUAGAGCCAGCCUAAAAGAGCCCACUCAGCCUAGUUCCCAGAUGCAAUCCUCAGCCCUAGUCAGGAGCUCUACACUCCACUAGAUGGUAGGCUGCUAGGCUACGAUCAUCAGCCUUGUGUGGUCUUCUCCAAUGGAGCCUGAACCUGAUCUCUUUCCUGGGGAAACGGUUUGUUUUCUCUGCUCGGCUCCACACAAAGAGCCACUUUGUUCCUCUCCCCCAUAUCCCAUGCUGACUCUCCUUCCCGGGUUUUGGGUUACCUGGCUGACGGGGGCUCAGGCUUCAGGAGGAGUUUGUCUUUUUAAAUUGUUCUGUCUGACAGAGGGCCAGGAAAAUGUGUGUACCCUUCUCCUUCUCUCCUUUCCACCCCGUAGCCCCCUCCCCAUUGGUACACACACUAGCCCUAAAGUGCGACUCUGACACCCAUUGCUUGUUAACGUCCUCUUUCCCUCCUAUUUCCCCCCUCUAGGGACAAGGGUACACAGGCUCAGUUUAGGACAUUAUCCUCUGGUGUUUUUCUGAACUGUUUGAAGAAGGGAUGGAAUCCCUUGGGGCAAUGAAAAAGUACAAAAUAAUUAACUGUAAACGAUGUAAUAUGAUAAUGAACUAUGGGAGAGAUUAGAGAUGGAGUUGUCUGUCCCAUAUAUUAUGAAAUCCACUAUUUGUGACUUGCCUGAGACCGGAAGACAUGUGUCAGCUCCCCAAAACGAAUGCCUAGGUUUUGGCUCAAAGGGCUAACAUAGUCUUGUGGUGCGCAGGAGACCCAUGUUUCGAACCCAGUCAUAUGAUUUACAACACUGACUCGGUCAUGGGACAGAGGUAGAUAUUUUGAGUGUCCUAACCCACUCACUCUGUUGACGCUCCUUAUCUUACUCAGAUUACUGAUUUUGGUGGGUUUGGAACCACAGGGUAGUCAUGUUACCAGCCAUGGUAUUAUUUUGAACUGUCAAAGGCUGCAAAAAGCAGCUCUCAGUAUUACAGCUUCCCCCUAGCCUGGGGGUUCAUAAUGAUGAUAUGAACUAUAAGCCUGGUCCCAGAUCUGUUCAUGCAGUCUUGCCCACUCUUCUGGUCAUUGUCAUGCCAAACAGCACAAACAGAUCUGGGAUCAGCCUAACAAACUAUCUAGUGGUAGCAUCAUCAUCUGGAGGCCUUGUCAAUACUCAUCAUCAUGUUGUGAGAAUUCACUUUUAGUUUUUUCUUUACAUAGACUUUGACUUUAUAUUAAUUUAUGAAUGAUGCCUUUGUAGAUCUCCAGAAAGUGCUUUAUUGAUUUUUAUUUUGAUCAUGAUUAUUAUACUGUAUUUUUUUGCAAGUGCCGAAGCUCUUACCAGUGUCCAAAUGUUUUGUUUGAAUUUGUCCACUAGAGUGCAGUGUCUGCCUUUGGAACAUAGCAACUACCUUGGAAAAAUAAAUAAACUAACUAGCUGUCUCCAAUACCUUCUAUUAAUAGCGUACACAAUUGUUCAUUCAACUAUACAUUUAAUGCCAAUUACAAGUUUGUCUUUUUUCAUGCCAGCCCAGUUUCAACAAUGGCUCGAUCUAUGCCUCGAUCCAGCCACAGAACAUCACCUGUUGCCAUCACAUAACCAAAGUAGAACGUUGCCACAACCAUAGAAAUACAAUUCCUAGAAGGAUGUCCCCAUUCAAGUCAAUGAGGCCAUAAUGUGUCAUUCUAUUUCUAUGGCCACAACAACAUUGCCAAGUAAUUGGCUAGAAGGCGGACUCCUUGCCAUGGGGGAGUGACCACACUGGCAAUCCAGGGUCUUUCUAUAGCCUCCUGACCCACACACGCACACACACACUCCUCUCUCUCGCACACCCACACACCCACAAACACGCACACACAUGCCUCUGCCAUCUCAAAACUGCAUUCCAAAAAGCAUGUCAAUCAGCAUGUGUAACCACGUGAAAGUAGCUCAUUCCAGUCAACAUGCUCACCUUAGGUUAUGCCCUGUAGUGCCAUUGUAAUCUUAGUCUGGCCAAGGGACUGUGUCAACAUCAAGUAUAUGACUCAGCGGUGGCGUCACUUGGCAUCUCUCUAUACUAUCAGUCUUGUGAUAUCGGGGGUACUCCCCUAACCAUACCUUAGUGAAGUGUUUCCCAACCCUGGUCCUCUAACACCUCCAACAGUAGACAGUGUCGUUGUAGCCCUUGACAAACACACCUCAUUCAACUCAUUGUGGGAUUGAUGAUUAGUUGACAAAUGAAUCCGGUGUUCUUGUCCAUGGUUACAAUAAAAAUGUGUACUGUUGGGGGUACUUCGAGGACCAGGGUUGGGAAACACUGCCUUAGUUACCAAAAAGUGAACAAAAAACUGCCAUAGUAUAUUGCACAUCUGCCUAAAGUAACUAACUUGAACCCUAACCCUAUAGUAUACCAUACCUACAAUUUCUGGCCAAUACUUUGGGGGAAAUUGGGAAGGAAAAAAGUUGUCUGAAACCCGUAGAUUGUGGACUCAGGACACUCAUUGAACAUGUAGGGUACCGUAUAAUUGACAAUUCACAGACUGUUUGUAUGUAGGCCUAAAUUUAUAGGAUAAACUGGGAGCUGUUUGGUGGAGACCCAUUUGUGAAGUGAAUAAAGGCUAUU